UGAGUUAGUGAGUUGUAUUCACUGACAGUUGGAAUCUCCAACACUGGGUGUAGUGUAGUGUAGUGUAGUGUAGUGUUGAGUUAGCCUCUUCACAGCGUUUCUGUGCCACCACAGUUUAGUCCCGUCUUAGUUUUUGUUUCAUAGUCAUUGUCAAGUCCUAGUUCCUGUUUCCUAGUCUGUCUCCUAAUCAUCAGACCUCGGUUCAUGGCUUUUGUAUCCUGCCUCGCCUAGGGUUUCUGUACCUCUGCCUUCUCGGACUGCUUACACCGUUUACGACCUCAGCUUUCGAUAAGACUACGCCGAACAUCAUGCCCUCGUCUCGGAGUCCUGCAUUUGGAUCCAGCCCUGCACCAGAGGAGCGUACCCCGAGAUAAAGGCCGCAAAAGAAGUCUUUAAAUGGACAAUAAAGCCACCCAGCAGAGAGAGAGACUGCGCUCAUCAUCAUCAUCAUCAGAGAUCCUGAGACGCUGCAGCGACAGACAUGACCGACCGCUAAUCAUAGCGGAGCGAAAAACCACAACGGGACUCGAUGUUUGGUUGCACCAGAAUCAUCUGAAACAUCCACGUUAAUGAUAAAAACUGUCCCUGAGGUGGUAAUCAGUGGGCUGUUUGGUGCGUGUUUACGAGCUGGCGAAUUGACUUGACAGCGCAAUAUUCCAGACAAAUGAGCCGUUUCUCUCCAAAGUGUUUCCACCGCCAGCAAGACGACGGCGAUGAGGCCUCGGGGGAACGAGACGGAAUAGCGAAGGUCCGCUAAUGGAUUGCGGAGUGUGGCGUCUCCAGAGCGAUGCCAGACUGCGACGCCGUGUAUGACCCAGAUUCCGGAAUAAACUACAUUGAACAUCGUGCCUUUGCCUCGAAGUCCUGCAUUUGGGUCCGCCCCCGUACCGGAGCAACUGGACACGUGGUUUCCUGCCUCCGUGGAAUCGCUAUCUUCCUGCAUUAAUAACGUCCUCAGCUGCUCGGUCCCCGGAUGACUCACAGCUGUGAGUGGAAACGGCCAGAAUAGUUUGAAGAUGCUGCCGCUUGUUCCAGUCUUCGCCGAUCCGCUCCGGGCACGGAGGCCUGCAGGUAACACAUGUCACAACGGCCUGGUGCCCCCCGUGGCCCGGUCCGCCUUGCCGUCUGUUCACAGCGCUCUGAGCGUCAAGCACUUUCUUCCCUUCCCGCUGGACAGCAACGCCUCGGCGGCUAUCAACCUCUUUCCCGGAUUCAACGCGAUGGACCCGGUGCAGAAGGCCGUCCUCCAUCAUACGUUGGGGCUCCCGCCUGCCGCCGCCGCCAAGAAGAAGCACGUCUCAUGUGGCGUCUGCCGGCUGAGGUUCAACUCGCAGAACCAAGCGUUGGCCCACUACAAGGGCACCAAGCAUGCCAAGAAGCUAAAAGCUCUGGACGCUCCCAAGAGCAAGCUCAAAGGAACGUCGCACGGCAAGGAGCCCACCGCAGGCAGGAAAGAUGCAGUUCCGAACGCAGCGCCCCCACCGCCGUACCCCGCGCUCCGACCGGCCCCCCCCUCGGAGCCCACGGUAACCCCGGCGACAGCGACCGAGCUUGCCGGAACUUCGUCUCCGGGCCCGGACGCCCCGGAGUCGACCUCGGAGCUCGAGCUCAACUCGCCCUCGGAGCCGGAACUGGAACCCGACCCCGAGGUUGAACCCGACGAGGAAGCGGAACCGGAAACGGAGGAGGAGAAGGCUCGGCGCCUGCUCUAUUGCUCGCUCUGCAAGGUGGCCGUCAAUUCGGCUUCGCAGUUGGAGGCUCACAAUAGCGGUACCAAGCACAAGACCAUGCUGGAGGCCCGCAGCGGCGUGGGCUCCAUCAAGUCCUUCCCGCGGCCGGGGGUCAAAGGCAAAAUGGCGCCGCCGUCCUCGUGCAAAGCGUCCACGGGCCUGCAGAACAAAACCUUUUACUGUGAGACGUGCGACGUGCACGUCAACUCCGAGACGCAGCUGAAACAGCACAUCAGCAGUCGUCGUCAUAAAGACCGAGCGGCGGGGAAACCGGCCAAGCCCAAGUACACCCCCUACAGCAAAGGAGCCACCAAGCAGACGAUCAAGUUGACCUUGGGCAAGGAGCGGCCGUGCCCCCCGCUGACCACCCACCUCCUCCCCGCUCAGCUCAUGGCCGCCGCGGCCGCCGCCCUCGGCGGCGCGUUCCCUCAGCGCCACGGCCACGCCCCCAACCCCCCGCUCUUCCCAACGACGCCCCUCCCCUCCCCCUUGCUCCGCCCCGCCCCCGGCCCCAUCAGGACCGCCCACCCGCAAGUCCUCUUUGCGCCGUACUGACACCCCCCCCCCAUCCCCAAAGUGAGCGACGGAGCAAAUACGGCGACCGGUCUAUGCAUCCGGGAUUCAUAAUGAUUGACAUGCACAGCCAAAUGUGGGCAAUAAUGGAAAACACACACACACGUGAACUAUGCAGUGUCAAUACUUCACAAAGGUCGCCAGGUGGCGCUCACAUUCCUGUUUGCACUUGAACUUCUGUGGACGUGCACGUUCGACGCUAGACCACGUUGGACGGUUAGACUACGUGUCGCUUUCUUCGUUUUUCUGUUUCCGUCAUUGCGGCCACUCCCAAAACGCUGGCGAUGAGGGGUCGGGGUCUGAACCACAACGGGGGAAUUUUAUGGAUCAUGCGCCUAUGAAAAAGUAUAUUUUUUGCAGUUUCCCGACUUUAAUAUUUAGUUUUUGUACGUUCUUACAAAGAAAGAUGGGCCUCUUUGUUCUCUUUGGUCAGCGGUGGUUUUCGGCUUGGAACUCUGCCAGGGCUGCCAUUUUGUUUCCGGUCUCUUCCGGAUUGUUGUGUCACAAACGGAUUUUAACUGAGGCAAGGCAGGCGUCCAGUUCUUUGGAAGUUGUCCCCGGUUCCCUUGCGGCCUCCCGGAGGAGUCUUUGCUGUUCUCUUGGGUUAUUCUUUGUAGGCCAGCCACUCUUGGGAUGGUUCACCGCAAUCAUGUUUUCUACAUGUGAGGAUGAUGGCGCUCUUCCUGUGGUUUACUUUGGAGUGACUUUGUGACAGUUUCCAGACUGAGAUCGAAACAAGUUCUUUAUGUCUUGCCAGUUGUUACAUUUUGGGGGGAUCGUGCCAUUGUUUUGCAGCUUAUUUAGAUAUUUUUGUUUGACGUGUUUUAGUCAGUUUAGUCAUGUUAUGUGAUUUCUUGACUAAACAGGUCUGGAGCUAAUCAGUGAAAAUUAUGGUUCGUUAAAAUCAACCCGGCGACACGGCUGGUAAAGCAUUGGCCUCACAGUUUUGAGGUCCCAGGUUCGAUCUGUGUGGAGUUUGCGUGUUCUCCCUGCUCCUGCGUGGGUUUUCACCGGGCACUCCGGUUUCCUCCCUCAUCCCAAAAACAUGCGACAUUAAUUGGACGCUCUAAAUUGCCCAUAGGUGUGAUUGUGAGUGCGGCUGUUUUUCUCGAUGUGCCCUGCGAUUGGCUGGCGACCAGUUCAGGGUAUACCCCGCCUCCUGUCCGUUGACAGCUGGGAUCGGCUCCAGCACGCCCUGCCACCCUUGUCAGGGUAACCAGCAAAGAAAAUGGAUGGAUGGAUGGAUGGAUAAAUUGACCCAAGGUGUGAUUGUGAGUGCGGCUGUUUCCCUCCAUGUGCCCUGCAAUUGGCUGGCAACCAGUUCAGGAUGUACCGCGCCUCCUGCCUGUUGACAGCUGGGAUAGGUUCCAGCACGACCCGCCACCCUUGUGAGGAUAAGCAGCAAAGAAAAUGGAUGAAUAAGUUGCCCCAAGGUGGGAUUGUGAGUGCGGCUGUUUUUCUCGAUGUGCCCUCCGAUUGGCUGGAAAUCAGUUCAGGGUGUACUCUGCCUCCUGUCCCUUGACAGCUGCCAUAGGCUCCAGCACUCCCCGCGACCCUCGUGAGGAUAAGCGGUGAAGAAAAUGGAUGGAUGAAUGGAAAAUUAACCCAAAAUUGUUAUUGUAAUUGUGUUAUAUAAUUAGCCGCAAUAAAUUCACGAUUCAAUCGUUUUUCCUUCAACAACCGCAAACACCAUUUACCAUGGUUAUAUUGGUCUGAUGUUGACAUUUGUUUGAUGAUUUUAAUAUUAAUAUCGGGAAACUAAUAAAAAAUAUAAGAAUUUGAGAAGGGGCCAAUACUUUUUCACGGCACUGGAGUCCCUCAAAGUUAUUUAGGUCUGCUGACACGAAAAAGUACAUUAAUAAUCCUAUAAAAAAAAAAUUGGAAGACUAAAAUUGCUUUAAUUUGAUUUUGGUCAAGCCAAACAAUCGGAGUCAUUUUAUUGCUCCAAAAUCUUGAAAUGGAAAAAAAGAAAAAUUGAUAAUUGCAUAAAAUUUGGAUUUGGAAGACAAUAAAUCCAGAGAAGGAAGAGUUUAACCUCUUAAAUGUAUGAUUAAAAGUAAUUACAUGUUGGGAUGGACAUUAAUAAUCCCGUGAAGACUGGAUGAAAAUAACCAAAUGAAAUGAGUAAAUUACCAUAGAUCAUUUUUUUUAUUUAUUCCAGAUGUGUCAUUAGCAGGGACCUUGAAAGCGUCAGCCAAUUUUGCCAUUCAGCAUCUUAGCGAACAAGAUGAAACUGGACAGAACGGAAUGAAAAAUUGAACAGCUGAGACGGUCAAAAUUUACAGGUCAAAUUCAAAUCAAGUGGAAAGGUCCUGAAAUUUCACCCCAAACCCCAACAUCAUAAAACAUUUUUGUGAGGUGUGUGUGUGUGUAUGCGACGUGUCUGCGUGUACCUACGUGGGCUUGUGGUCUGGAACUUCUGUG